GAAGAGGAAGAGGAAGGGAAAGAGGAGGAGGAAGAGGAGGAAGAGGAGGAAGAGGAAGAGGAAGAGGAGGAGGAGGAGAGGCACAACCACCGUGGACCUUGAUGAAAAGUUCACAACCUGAAAACAACACAAAGGUUUUAGACAACAGCAGGCUGCUGUGCACAGUGUGUAAGAGAGAUUUCCGGAGUCUCCCGGCGUUGAACGGUCACAUGCGCUCUCACAGCUGCUUGAAGAAGGGCGAGGAUCCACCCGUCCGCAGCUCGGUCUCCGUGGUGAUGCCGGUGUCUGUGCCCGUCCAAUCCAGAGUGGCGUCCAAGGCGUGUAGGGGUGGACAGAGGAGAUGCAGUCGCACGUCUCCAGCCACCGGAGGCGCUGUGCUCUACCGCAGCCUGAUGCACCUGGAGGAACAGGAAGUGGUCACUAGGGGCAGCGCAGCGGCCAGAGAGGUCGAAGGUCAUUACACCCCUCCGCUCAUGCUGUGUCCGAUCAGGGCAGGGCCGGGGCUGUACUGCUCCGUCACCACCAGGAGGCAGCGGAGAGCACAAACUGUUCAGCUUCACAGUCCAAACAAUGGACUCAGUGACCUUGUUGCCAUGGAGACACCAACAGCAGAAAUCAAUAAGCCGAGGAUCAAUGUAGGGCGGGGCUUCCAGGCUGAAAUCCCACCCCUACGCAACCAUAAAUACGCCCACUCUGACUCCCAGAAUGCACUGUGGCUGUGGACGCCGUGUGACGAGCUGGAGAAACCCGUCAAUCAACAGCGAGUCACGACUCUGUUGACGAUGGCUCGCUCCAGUGUGGUGCCAGGGGGCGGGGCCAGCCCAGAGCACGCCCUCCACGUCCUAUCACAGAGCGCAGGAGACUUUCUGCUGACGCUGGAGAAACUUCUGUCGACUCCGGAGUCCUCGGACCAAAGCCACGCAGAUGUGGCGUGGAGCGCGGGCGAGACGACGUCGCUGGUCAAAUCUCUGCGGCUCCAUCGGAAAGAUUUCAGCAGAGUUCAGAGAGCGGUUCAGACCAAGUCCGUCUCGCAGUGUGUGGAGUUUUAUUAUCUGUGGAAGAAGAAGCUGAGUCUGAGAGCGAGGCCCCCUGCUGGGCUGACCGUCACUCUGCCCGAGACCAACGUCAGGAGCUCAUCAGACGACUUUGACCCUGAGCGACCUUCAGCUUUAGACAAGAGGAGUUGAUGAGAGCGACUUUAGUUUGAAGAACCAGAAACAUUGUUUCUCUCAUUGUGUCAUCAAGUUGUGUUUAAAAAGUAAAGGUGUAGAUUAUAGAUAUGUGAUCAGUUAGUGACUCCUGAUCUCGACCCGCCGAGUCCAAACCUUGUGAAUAAUCAGUAUGAACUAGUUCAUCUCAUGUAACCACGGCGACUUGUAUUUGUUGACCACUUGUUUUUCCACUGAAGAAAAUGAGACGAAAACUAAAUAAAAAGUCAACUUUGAAAUCUGGAAA